AUGUCGUCGAAUAAGCAUUCCAAUGGCCAUAGUCCAUUUCCUCAGAAGUUGAAGAACUUCUUUCGGAUAAACAGUUCAGCAAAUCACAGUGAGAAGAACGAUCCAUCAAUAAAAUCAGAGAGCAAAUCAUCCUUUCGACAAUCCAAAUUCUUCCCUGGUGGCGGACGAAAUCGAUCAACUACUAUAGCAAGUGAAGGCAAUCCAUUAGAUGACACCCUCAGUCCAACUGCACAUGCGAAUCCAUACUUUGCCCAUCAAGGUCCUCCUGCACUUCGACAUCAUGAUGAUGGGUCGAUACCCCCAAGUCCUCCCGAUACCCCAAGUUUCAAAGUCGAUACUGUCCAAGGCGUGAAUGAUCAAGCUACAGCAGCCGGCAAGGAAGAAUUGGCACGAAAAUUAAGAAGGGUCGCCAGUGCUCCUAAUGCACAAGGCUUAUUUUCAAACAAAGGUGAUGCUGAUCGACCAGCUACUGCCGAGCUUGGAAAGGAACCUCUAGUACAUAAUGCCAGCACUACGAUGUUGAGUAUGGUUGAUGGUCAGGAUGGAGAAGAUGCUCUUGGCCCAGCUGUUGAAGACGACUUGGCACCUUUACAACCGCCGAGUCUGCGAAACAAUCCAGCAUUUAGGAGGACGUACAGCUCAAAUUCCAUAAAAGUACGCGAUGUUGAAGUUGGACCGGGGAGUUUUGACAAGAUUAAGUUGAUUGGAAAGGGAGAUGUUGGGAAGGUGUACUUGGUGAGAGAGAAGAAGAGCAGCAGGCUGUAUGCGAUGAAAGUGUUGAGCAAACAAGAGAUGAUCAAGCGAAAUAAGAUCAAGAGAGCAUUAGCAGAACAAGAAAUCUUGGCUACGAGUAAUCAUCCAUUUAUUGUCACCUUAUAUCACUCCUUUCAAUCCGAGGACCAUCUAUAUCUAUGCAUGGAAUAUUGCAGUGGUGGAGAAUUCUUUAGAGCUUUACAAACCCGACCAGGCAAAUGUAUACCAGAAGAUGAUGCCAGAUUUUAUGCAGCCGAGGUCACUGCCGCAUUGGAGUAUUUACAUUUGAUGGGAUUCAUCUAUCGAGAUUUGAAACCUGAAAAUAUCUUACUCCAUCAAUCUGGUCAUAUCAUGUUGUCGGACUUUGAUCUUUCGAAACAAUCCGCCCCUGGUGGAAAACCAACAAUGAUUCUUGGCCGAAACGGCACGAACGUAAACUCAUUACCAACGAUCGAUACAAAGUCAUGUAUAGCAAAUUUCCGAACAAAUUCUUUCGUUGGAACUGAAGAGUACAUUGCGCCAGAAGUCAUCAAGGGAUGUGGACAUACAAGUGCAGUUGAUUGGUGGACGUUAGGAAUAUUGAUUUAUGAGAUGUUGUUUGGUACAACACCUUUCAAAGGAAAGAAUCGUAAUGCUACAUUUGCGAAUAUUCUGAGAGAUGAUGUUCCUUUCCCAGAACAUUCAGGGUCUCCUCAAGUUUCAAACCUUUGUAAGUCGGUAAUUAGAAAACUUCUAAUCAAAGACGAAAAUCGACGAUUGGGGGCUCGAGCAGGAGCUUCUGAUGUCAAAACUCAUCCCUUCUUCCGCACAACCCAAUGGGCGCUCAUUAGGCAUAUGAAACCCCCGAUGAUUCCCCACCAAGGUCGCGGUAUUGACACGGUCAAUUUCAGAAAUGUUAAAGAAAGUGAGAGUGUUGAUAUUAGUGGAGCAAGAACUUUGACAUCAUCUAAAGGAGUGCCACUUGAUUCUGGCUUGGCAACGCCAGGUGCUGCUGAACUCGAGGUCGAUCCAUUUGAAGAAUUUAACAGUGUCACACUGCAUCAUGAUGGUGAUGAUCAUCAUCAACACGAAGAUCAACAUAAUGGAAGAUAUGACGGUAGGUGA